AUUUGCCCCAGCAACUGUCCCGAAGACACAGUGAGCUUUUGGGCCUCCCCCAGAGUCUGAGUCCGUCUGGAAUUGAUCGCAUGUUUCAAAUGAAAUAGUCUCCAUGAUUUCAAUGGCCGGGGCCAUAGGGACUGGAGUCUUUGUAGGAAUCGCGCAGGCGCUCCGGCAUGGCGGGCCAUUGGGGAUGCUGCUCGGUUACACCAUCAUGGGAACUGUUGUAUACGGAGUAGUAGUAUCUGCGGCGGAGAUGGUGUCCUUUCUCCCAAAUGUCGGAGGAAUAAUUAGGCUCGCGGACUUGUAUGUCGAUCCUGCUCUUGGUUUUGCGAUGGGAUGGAACGCUUGGUACAAUUGGGCAAUUAUUCUACCCGCCGAAAUUAGUGCUGCUGUGACGUUAAUGCAGUAUUUCACUGAUGAUCAUCGUUUGGUGUAUCUGUGGGUGACCAUGAUGCUAGUCGUCUCUGUAGGGAUCAAUUGCUUCGGUGCUCGCUUGUAUGGCGAGAGUGAAUUUUGGUUUUCUUUUGGGAAAAUUAUUCUCAUCAUAACACUAUUCAUUAUCUCAUUAUGGCUGGAUCUUCGGAAAGGACAUUAUGACCUGAAACAAGACGGUUAUGCUCGGGGGGACGUACUCUCUGGUCCGGGUCCCAUAGGAUCCAGAUUUUGGAAGAAUCCCGGCCCACUCGCUCAAUAUGAGAACAUAGAUGGCGCCACGGGUCGUUUCCUGGGUUUUUGGGCGGUUCUUAUGCAGGCUGCAUUCUCCUUUUUUGGGGUUGAAAUUCCAGGCGUUGCAGCAGGUGAGGUUAUCAACCCAUCUCAGAACAUUCCCCAUGCGGUCCGAAGAAUCUGGGUCAGGAUCUUCUUGUUCUACGUUCUUUCUGUGAUUGGUGCCGGGCUGAUCGUGCCAUACGAUCACCCGGACCUCCAGAAAAGCGGAACUAUCUCAUCACCGUUUGUCAUUGCUCUGAGGGCUGCAGGCUACAAAGGGCUUGCUGCCGCAGUAAACGUGGGUUUCGUGACAUCUGCAUGGAGCGCUGCUUCGUCAGAUAUCUACAUAUCCAGCCGGUACUUGUUCUUUCUGGCUCGCUGCAACCAUGCUCCAAGGGUCUGUGGCAAGCUAUUCCAUCGCUCGAGCGAAUCAAGUGCCAACCAUAAUGGAGAUCAAGAAGGACCGGUUAGUGAUGCGCCUUCGCCUAGCCCUGACGCGGAGCAAACGGUACAUGAAAUUGGUAUCGAAGAACGCAAUUCACAGACGCCAACUCAGGCACAAGUUCAAGUACGCGACUUCGCCGACAAUCGUGACAGAAAUGGGGCACUAGGCGCGGGGGACCAAUUAGCGGCACCUUUGUUCUCUUAUCCCCCCUCCACUAAUUCUACAAGUCAUAGCCCUCGACCCACACCGUCUACAGAAAGUACCAACGCAAACCCAUCGAGUCUGAUGCAGGGGCCGAUCUCAGACAGACAGGCUGCUCCGGGGAUUUGGCCAUCUUGGAUCUCUUUUAAGAACAUAUUUAGGGAAAUUCCCAUGGCAGAAAAGCAGCGAGAGAAGACUCAUUCUAAAGAAAAGACAGUUCCAUGGGUGGGCGUCUUGGUUGCAGGCCUCGUCGGGCUGCUGGCAUAUAUGGCUUCAUUACCCUCAUCUGGGCGUCCGGGAGAAGUCAGUGGUCCAGCUCAAGCCUUCAACUACCUCUCGUCGAUGACAGCUGUAGCUGCUCUGCAGUCAUGGAUCUGCAUGAUGAUCACCUACCUUAGAUGGUACGAGGGAGUCAGAAUUGCCGAAGAAAUGCGAGGGACGAAAUUUCGGACAACUGCAAGCCAAAUUAAGCGACACAGAAGUCGGUUCCAGCCCUGGCUUGCGAUAUAUGCGCUAGUAUUCUGUGUGUUGGUACUCAUGUUCAAUGGCUGGGCUCUCUUCACACAAGAUGCUUGGUACAUUGCAUUCAGCAAUUGUGACCAGGCCGCUGACAUCCCUAUCGGUUACCCAGAGUUAUGGCCCAUAAUUCCUAAGUUUCUCCCAGCCUACUUACCUUUGGCUGUAUUCCUUCUCUUAUUCUUUUCGUACAAGCUAAUUGUCCAGACACGAGUAGUUCCUUAUGCUGACAUGCCAUUCGAGAAGGGGACACCUCUCGAAGAUACCCGUGAUGGCGAUAAGGAAUGGUUUUCUGGCUCAAUACCCAACCAUCUUCACGGAUGGAGAUUGUGGUGGUAUUGGGUGGGACGCGCUGGGUAUCACUUCAUCUAGUUCUUAGUCAGCUUCGGAGUGCGAGCGAAGGUGACACUCGACAUGCAUCGAUGUAGCGCGUCACUUGCGACGUGUCGCGAUAAUUAUACCACACACCAAUCAACUAGGUUUCGAAACUUUUCACCCUCGUGUUUUUUUUUCAGACGGUGGCAGUCCCGUCCAUAUAUUCCGAAUAUAUAUUCCCCCUAAGAUCUUGCAUAUAACGUUAUACCAUGUAUAUCAGGCGAAUGGUGGCACCUCAACGCUCCAUUCACUUGGAACAAUUCCAGCCUGACGAUUAGUAAUCUCCCCAAGCAUCGCUUUAGUUAUCGGCCCAAGUCCGUCCUUGCCGGUAGGAACCGUUAUAUUCUUCUCUUUGUAUCCAAUGCG